GUGCAACUUCAGCAUCAACUUUACAGACAAAUAAUAUUUAUAUUCUUGACAUACAAAAUUACACCUGGGUCACUACAUUUGAUAUAUCUACAACAACAAAUUCAACUAAACCAACACAAAGUAAUGAAGAAUUUAUAGAGACACCGGGUACAUUCAGGAAUGAUCAUAUACAUGAAACACAUAUGACUACAGUUUAUACACCUGGACCUCCUUCCGAAAUAUAUGCGCGAACUCCUAUACAUGGAGUUCCAGUGACUGGUUAUGAUUAUCAUAGUUCAUAG